CAAAUGAAAGAAGUAGUAAACAAGGAAACUGCAGAAUUCAUGAAAUUUGCCCAAAAUGCUGCAAAAAGCUGUGCCCAUGAUUAUGGUGCCAUCUCUGAGGAUGCACUACAUUAUACUGAGGAAUUACUACGUGCUUGUAUUGGACAUGUGCGGAAGUAUCCUGAGUUUUACACAAUUCAGGAGAUCAUGAGUAUCAUGGGAGGAAAGUUUCAUACACAGUUGACCUUUAAGCUGGAAAAAAAUCUUCUUGUAAUGGGUACAGCACAACGUGGUAGAACAGAGUUCCCUGCCAUGCCUGUUCAACUGCCCACAGAUUAUAAAACUGUUACAUCUAUUGUAACUCCAGAAAAAAGAGCUUCUAUUAUGCACAGUGAUAUUAGUUCAGAUUCAAAUGCAGAAAAGCUUGCUUUGAAAUACGGUCCUCAAGUUGUUUUAAGUAAUCAUUCGUUAUUUACUUUACUGAAUAAUCAUGGACUGAACUACAAGGAACAGUGGGAAAUCCCAGUUUGCAUUAAAAAGAUCCCUGUUGCAGGUAGAGAACCAGCUAAAGUGGUUUAUAUUGAUUCACCUCUGCUGAGAAAGGAAAUGACAGUGAGAGAGAGGAACCAAAUCUUCCAUGAAAUUCCAAUGGACUUCCUAGCAACUAAAACAUCUUAUGUUUCAAUUUCUGAUGUAUCGAUGGACAAACCGGCUGAGGACAACUUGUUUCAAUGGGAUAUGUCUUCUGAUAUCUACGAGCACAGGAAGAUUCCACUUCCAAAUGACAUGGGGAUGGACUUUGAUGAUGAUGUUACGGAACUGGAAACUUUUGGAGCAACUGUCAAGCUCUCAAGAUCUUCUAAAUCAGAAAGUACUAAAGUUCUCUCAUAUGGCCCAAAAAUGGGAAAAAAAUGUACAACUCCCAUAAACAGUGAAGAUGAAGAAGGGAAUAACACCAUUUCUGAGCAAGGAGCUCCAGCAUGUGCCAGUAUGCAGCUUUCAUCAUUGGGUGGCGUUCUGUGCAUCAGCCCUGAAGAAGCUUCAUCUCGUAAAAGCUUUAAUUCAGAGGAUGUAGGACUGAGCAAAGCACAUCAUGUAAUGACCAAAAUAUUGGACAAUCAGACAAAUAUUCUAUCUAAUGCUGUUAGUGACAAGAAAGAGUCUGAUGCUGCACAGAAAAGUGGGACUUGCACAUCUUUAUGUGGUAGUGACACGGAUGAAGAGCGUUUGAUAAUUGAUACAGAAUGUAAAAGCACUGAUUUUUGCAAAACACCUGUACCAAACACUGUUCCUCAUACUCCAGCACAGACUGCCAAAUCGCCUUCCUCCACCCAGAUUCCAUUAGAAAACAUGACAGAUUGCUCAGAUAUCAUGGAUCAGGAUAAAAAUGCCUCCAGAAAGCCUAAAAGAAAGUUGGCCAAAGAAUCUGAUCCUGUCGGACAGAUUUUAAAAAUGCAGACAAAACUUCUCAAGUCGCCCUCUUCAAAAGUUCACGAGCAGCCAGUGGUGAGCUGCAGUAGUUGUGAUGCUACGUCUCAGUCUCCAAAACCACUGGUGACCUCCAGCACAGAAACUGUGCCAGCCCCUGCCUCAAAUCUCAGCAGCUCCUCUAGAAGUACCUGGACGUCACUUUUUCAGGGAGUGCCAAAAAGAAAGCUGCCAAAUGAACUUCAGAUGCUUGAAGAAGACCCUUCAGAGUAUAAAGCACCUCAAGAUGGCAACCUUGUCUAUAAGCUGUUCAGUUUGAAUGAUCUCUUGUUACUUGUGCGUUGUAGUGUGCAAAAAGUGAAGUCAUUGCCACGAAAGAAUAAAAAGAAAAAAACCUGCAAGCAUAUUCCAAUAUUCCUGUUGCCAAAACUAGAAUACCAAGCCUAUUACGGUGUUGAAGCUCUUACAGAAAGUGAAGCAUGUCAGUUGUGGACAGAGAGUAUGUUGCAUUCUGAAUCCUUAUUUUAUAUUGGACAUAUUGAUGCUUUUACGUCAAAGCUGAUUAUGCUAGAAAAGAUCUCUGCAGAAACGUUAAGAGAGAAACUUGGAUCGAUUAAGCCUUUAAAUUCACUAAAUAUACUUCAUAACAUUUUGAAGAAAGUGUCUGAUUUGCAGGAAGGCUCUUACCUGUUGGCUCAUGCUGCAGGAGAUUCAUCAGUUGCAAUCUACAAGAGUUCUACGGAGAAGACAACAAGAGCAUCAUAUAAUUUACAUAAAGCUCAUUGUGAUCUGCCUACUGUACCUGCUACUCUUUCAGUCCCAUGGGUGCCAUUAGAUCCCAGCCUCCCUUUGCCCUAUCACAUAACUCAUGGAAGAGUUCCAUGUACUUUUCCACCUGUACCACAGGACACCAUGUUGAAACAGAAGAUGAUUGGGGUGAAAGGACAGUCAGACACACCCUUUGAGGGGAAGCCAGUAGCUGUGGAAACAAAAGGCAAUCCAGCUAAGCCUGUUCGAAAUGAAGGUGUGGCUGCAAAGAAGUUGAAGAAUUACUGCAAACAAAGGAUGAUGAAGAAAAGGUGGAAAAUGAAGUACAACAAAAUGCAGCUGAAGUAG